UAACGGGGGGAAAGCAGCAUGUUAGCAAACAGACCGAGCACGGCCAGCCGCCGGCAGCCGGAGCCCCGCGCUUGGAGCAGGCGGUGAGCGGCAGCCGGACACACCGGGCACCGAGCAGAGGCGGGGAUGGAGGCGAGGUGAUGCCAAAGCCACGGAGGAGACCAUGGCCGGGCGCGGUGCUGGGGCACCCUUGCUGCUGCAGCUCUCCCUGCUCCUGCUCCUCCACCUUGGCGGGACACUGGGCUGUGCCUUGGUGACUGUGGGCUCCCCCGUUGUGCCCCUGGGCUCGGCUGUCACGGCGUCCUGCACCAUCCAGAGAGAGCUCUGCCGUGGCCUGGAGCAGGGGAAGGUCCGGAUCAGCUGGAUGCUGGACAACAAGCUUGUGGCUGGGAGCCAGCUCCAGGGUCCAGGGGACACAGAGGUGUCCAACCUCACCCUACCCCGGUUCAACCACACUCAGGCCAGGCUGUGGUGCUGUGUGGAGUGGAACGGGACCAAGCAGCGUGUUGGCAUGGCCGAGAUCAGGGCAGGCUACCCUCCUGCAAAGCCCCUCAACCUCAGCUGCACCCUGAACCUCAGUGACUACGGGCUGACGUGCCGAUGGGAGCUGGGAACCGACAGCCACCUCCCCACCAGCGUCGUGCUGAAGUGCGCCAGGAGCAGAGGCCAGGCAGUGACAGGCUGCACCCCGCGGGGAGGGCACAGCCACUGCACGGUGCCACGGCGGCUGCUGCAGCUGUACCGGCAGAUGGAGAUCUGGGUGUCUGCCACCAACGCCCUGGGCACGGCCGAGUCAGAGCAUCUCCGCAUCGACCCCAUGGACGUGGCCAAGCUGGACCCCCCAACCCUGCAGAGCAUCCAGUCCAUCCCCUUCCAGACCGACUGCAUUGCUCUGGCCUGGGAUGUGGCGUGGGGCACAGAGCACAUGGAGCUGCAGUGUGAGCUGCGCUACCGGGCACCCGAGGACCCUGCCUGGGCCCUGGUCACCGGCAUCAUCGGCCGGGCCGGCACGGCGCAGCGCUGCGGCUUCCUCUUCGGCACGCAGUACCACUUCCAGAUGCGGUGCCGGCGGAAUUCUGCAUCGGCUUUGGCCUCCUGGAGCGAGUGGAGCCCGGGCAGGAACUACACCACCCACGAGAAAGCCCCCACAGGGAAACUGGAUGCGUGGUGGGGAGCUCAGCCGGCCGGGCCAGGGGGGCAGCUGGAGGUGCAGCUGCGCUGGAAGGCCCCACGGCGGCGGGAGGCCAACGGGCGAGUGCUGGGCUACCGCGUCACCCUGAGCCCCCGGAGGAGGGGCAGGGACCCCCCGACUGUCUGCAACACCACCCACACCCAGUGCAGCUUCUCGGUGCCCGCAGGCACCAGGAGGGUCUAUCUCUCAGCCUACAACGCCGCCGGCGAGUCAGCACCGACCGAGGUCGUGCUCCUGGAGAGGAAAGGUCAGCCCGUGGCUGGGCUCCGGGCCAUGCCCAGGGACGAGCACAGCCUCUGGGUGCACUGGGAGGCACCGCUGGCCCCAGUGGUCGCCUACGUCCUGGAGUGGCAGUGGGUGACAACAGAGCCUGGGCACUGCAGCAUGUGCUGGCAGAUGGAGCGUGACGGGGCAGCCACCACAGCCCUUAUCCAGGAUGGCAUCGAGCCUUUCCAGCGGUACAACAUCUCAGUGUACCCCCUCUACGAGGGCACUGUCGGGGUGCCCGUCCACACCACAGCCUACUCCCAGCAGAAGGCACCGUCCCAUGCCCCGAAGCUUCACCUGAAGAGGAUUGGCAAGUCAGAGGCUGAGCUGUGCUGGGAGCUGCUGCCAGUGGAGAUGCAGAACGGCUUCAUCACCAGCUACACCAUCUUCUGGGCCAACAGCAUCACCGACGUGGCCAGGCUCCCAGCCAGCAGAGACCCGAGGGGCUGUGCAGGUGGGGGGAUUCUGCCACACCGACAGCCCCGUGUGCCCCCAGGUGCCACCGUGAAUCCUUCCCUCAGCUCCUUCGUCAUGCGGGGGCUGAAGCCAUCCACCCUGUACAAGGUGCACAUCAUGGCAUCCACGGCAGCCGGCGGCACCAACGGCACCAGCCUGACCCUGGUGACCACAGUGCUGGAUGACUCUGAGAUCCAGUUCCUCUUCCUGACCCUGGGGCUGGUCUUUGUUGUGCUCAUGGUGUUGCUCAUCUGCUUCCAGAAGAACGAGCGGGUGAAGGAGCAGCUGUGGCCCAGUGUCCCCGACCCCGCCAACAGCAGCCUGGGCAAGUGGGUGCCGGCAGCGGCGCCGCAGGAGUCGCUCCAGGUCCUCGCGGCGAGGGAGCCCGGCCCCGCCGCCAUCUCCACGGUCACCGUGCUGGAAGGGGAACCGGCGAAGCAGCCGGGGAAGGAGCAUCCCGGCCUGGCCGCCGCCGCCCCGGCGCUGCCCCGGCCCUACGUGCGGCAGGAGGGUCCCGCGGAGCCCGUGCAGUACGCGCGGGUGGGCAGCGCGGGGUACCGGGGGCAGCGGCUGCUGCCCGAGCCCGGGCCCCGCUUCUACGAGAACCUGCGGGGCCGCGGGAACGGCGGCGGCGGCGGCGCGGGGGACUGGGCGUUCCUGGAGGAGCCCCCCGCCACCUUCCCGCUGCUGCAGGGGCUCCGCAUCGGCGGCGCCGAGGAGCUGCACGAGUGCCGGGCGGACUAGAGCGGGAUGGAGCCGGGCAGCGGCACCGGGACCACCAGCGGGAGCCCCGGGAUGCGGGGCCCACCCGCGGGGUUCCAGCCGCACCCCGGGGCGCUGCCCGGCUCCAUCCCGCUCUGUGUGUG